GUUUGUCCCUUGCGGUGAUCCGUCCUGGUGUUUGCCUGCAGCAAGAUGGCGGCGGUCUCAAUGUCAGUGGCGCUGAGGCAAGCGUUGUGGGGGAGAAGGGCAGUGGCUGUAGCUGCCGUUUCUGUUUCCAGGGGUCCAACCAGGUCAUUGAGCACUUCCACAUGGAGGCUGGCACAGGACCAAACUCGAGACACGCAACUCAUAACAGUUGAUGAAAAAUUGGAUAUCACUACUUUAACUGGUGUUCCAGAAGAGCAUAUCAAAACUAGAAAAGUCAGGAUCUUUGUUCCUGCUCGCAAUAACAUGCAGGCUGGAGUAAACAACACGAAGAAAUGGAAGAUGGAGUUUGAUACCAGGGAGCGAUGGGAAAAUCCUUUGAUGGGUUGGGCAUCAACGGCUGAUCCCUUGUCCAACAUGGUUUUGACCUUUAGUACUAAAGAAGACGCAGUUGCCUUUGCAGAAAAAAAUGUUAUUCAAGAAGUCACAUAUUAAACAACACGGAAUGGAGAAUUUUACAUUAUACAUAACCACUGGUAAUUGAACAAAGAAUACUGAGCAAGAAGAAAUUGAAUCAUGGGUCACACCCUUAAUUUGAGAUAAAGUAAAUCAUCUUCAGGCAAUGUUUUGGACCCUCUUGUCACACAGGAUUAUAAGGGAACAAAUUACUAAGUAAGUAUUUAUAUUUCAGAUGUGUUGACAUGUACUCCUGAUGAUAAAUGAAUAUUAAAUUUAUGAAAGUUAGCCUCUGCUUGCUGUAUUCUUCAGGUAUUCUCUU